GAAGAGACACUCAGAUUAGUGCGAUACACGGAGACCGAUUCUCACCGGAGCUUCAAUCUCCGGCGACCGUCGUUUCCUUCCACCUUCCGGUCAAAAACCUCUCUCUUAACUUUGUAAACCCAUUUCUGGGCCAAAAUAUUUGGCCUCUUUUGUCUCCAUAAAAUUACUCUCUUUUUCCUCUAGGAGUGCAAUCCAAGUCAAACACAAGUGGCUUGCACAAUCCGCCGGAGCUGGGGGAGACCGGAGGUCGUUUUAUGAUGGGAUCUUGUAUAUGCCCGUUGGAGACUCCGGCGAGGUUGCUCUGGACGACUAGUUUCUUCCGUCACAAGCUUAUGAUCUUCUAACUCGUACCAUAUCGAUCAAACAACUAAGUUCCUAUACUACUUCUACAGCCACCGCCACCAGCGACGUAGCUUUGCUUUAUUGUCUCGCUGGAUUGGACCAUGGACUCGGGCCGCCUUUUCUUUGACCCUUCGGCUUGCCACGGCGGCAACAUGUUGUUCCUAGGGAAUGCUGAUAACGUUUUCCGAGGAGGAGCAACAAUGAUGAGCAUGGAUGAAAGCUCUAAGAGGCGACCAUUUUUCAGCUCGCCAGAUGAACUGUUCGACGAGGAAUAUUAUGAUGAGCAGUUGCCGGAGAAGAAGCGCCGCCUCACACCUGAGCAGGUGCAUAUGCUGGAGAAGAGCUUUGAGGCAGAGAACAAACUGGAGCCGGAUCGAAAAACCCAGCUGGCCAAGAAGCUGGGCCUGCAGCCGAGACAGGUGGCUGUAUGGUUCCAGAACCGCCGGGCUCGGUGGAAGACUAAGCAGCUCGAGAGGGAUUAUGAUCUCCUCAAAUCCUCCCAUGACUCACUUCUCUCUAGUUAUGAUUCUCUUGUCAAAGAGAAUGAGAAGCUGAAAUCUGAGGUGGUUUCCUUAACUGAAAAGCUUCAAGCUAAAGAGGUGGCUGGAGCAGCCAUUUCAGCUCAAAAACCUGACCCACUUCCGGGAGAUAUCACCCAUGUUUCUGCCCUCCAAUUCAGCGUGAAGGCUGAGGACCACCUGAGCUCUGGGAGCGGAGGGAGUGCAGUGGUGGACGAGGACGGUCCACAGCUUGUUGACAGCUGUGAUUCAUACUUUCCAAGUGACAACUACCCGGGCUGUGUUGCCCCAGUGGAUGGGGUGCAAUCAGAGGAGGAUGACAGGAGUGAUGACGCCCGUAGUUACUUGUCGGAUGUGUUUGCAGCUGCAGAACAUCAGCAGCAAGAGGAAGAGUCUUUGGGUUGGUGGGUGUGGGCUUAAAAUGUGCUCAAAACGAAUAACAUGUCAUAUAUUUCCAAUAGUUGCUGAACAAGAAAACCAUCUUGGAAACUAUUUGGACUGGUAAACGAAAGCGAAGCAAAGUUUAGUGUUAGUUGCUGAGAUCCGGAGGAUGGAGAUCCAUGAGCUAAGUCAAUGAAUAAAUGAAUAAAUUAAGUCAAUGGUGUCUUGUACGUACUUCCAUGUGGAUAAGAAGUAAAUGACUUGUUCAAGGCUUUA